AUAUAAUGUCGUUCUACAGAUGUUAGAAGUAAUCAGUUUAUGUGACAAUGUUGUGGUGGUCAGUUCACGCGCUUGUGGUCCUGUAUACCGUUGUAUGGCCAGGGACGGUUAAUGGAACAUACCUAGGCCCGUUGUUGGAAACAGAUAUGGACGGCGAUAGAGGUCCUUUCGUUGACCAGAUCACCGCGCUUAUCGAGAAGAUCGACAAACAAGAGGACAGGUUGCAAACUGUGGAGAUUCAACUGGCAAAACAUUCGGUCGCACUGGCAGAGAAAGACAGAAGAAUUGGACAUCUUGAGCAGGAACUAGCUGAAUGGAAAUCGAAAGCAGCAUCAACCGAUACAUCUGGGUAUCAAAAAACAAUAAAAGACAUAAUAACACAAGACAAAAUUGAAGAUCGCUCGGAAUUUAAUCAAAAGGGAAAAGACCAGCGUUUUUCAGAACAGAACCGAAGAAGAAUCACUAAUCACAACGGGACCAAACAUGAAAAACCGGCAAGCGACCAAAGGACCCGCAUGUCCGACAAUCACAACGACUUCAGCAAUGUAAACAGUCAGGUGGCAUUUGAAACAGCAGGGUUGGGUGUGAAUUUUGAGAGAAAGCUUAGAAACCCAGGAACAAUUGAACAUGACAGAAUUACUGAAAUCGCACGUACCAAGUCGGUGAAGCAACAAGAAAAACGAGUAGAUAACACGUCUCCGGGAGAGUAUGCCUUCAGCCUCUUUCUGAGUGUGAACACCCAUGUGUCUCAGCACGAAGUAGUCAAGUAUGAUCAUGUCGUGCUUGACACAGCUAAUGGCUACAACCAUGGUAACGGUAUAUAUGAAGUUCCUGUCAGUGGUGUGUACGUAUUUACCUGGUCAACCACAUGCGAUGACGACCCUACUACAAGUAUCUCUACGGGGUUGAUGGUAAACGGAGUAUUAAGAUCGGCUACAAUUGCUGACAGUAGUCCUAGCGAAUGGGAAUCUGCUACAGGUAUCAUUGUGACGUCGGUGAGCGUGGGAGAUCACGUGUAUGUUCGCUCCGCGUCUCCAGCAACGAUGUUAAGUUAUGAAGGUGGAAGGUCAACGUUUUCUGGAUGGCGUUUAUUUUGAAAUAUACGAUAACAGGUGCUAUGAUAUGAUUGUAUUUAAAAUCUGUCAAUAAAGUAUAAACAUUUAAAA